CGAUUAGUUUGGUUAUCGGUAUCGCUGUUAGGCUGCCUUCGUUGUUUACCUUUUGGUCAUUAGCAAUUUCGACGCCAACGCGAGAAUACACAGAUUAUGAGUGCUGAAAUAUCCGGCUUCCGGCGGUUCCUGCACUGGGGUCCCAUUACCGCCCUUAGCAUCAUAAAGUGCAUAACGCUGACAACGCUCUACAUGAACUCGAUGUGGUGGCCGCCAAAUGAAUCAUUCGCCGGAUUCGCCCACCAGGCCCUGUUCCUGCUCCUUUCCACGCUGGCCACAUUCAAUUACGUCAUGGCCACGUUGACUGGUCCCGGAUUGAUGCCAAAACAGUGGCAUCCCAAGGAUCCCAAGGACGCCCAGUUCCUGCAGUACUGCAAAAAGUGCGAGGGCUACAAGGCACCACGCUCCCAUCAUUGCCGCAAGUGUGAUCGCUGCGUCAAGAAGAUGGACCACCACUGCCCGUGGAUCAAUCACUGCGUUGGCUGGGCCAACCACGCCUACUUCACAUACUUCCUGCUCUUCUCCAUCCUGGGCAGCCUGCAGGGCACCGUGGUGCUGUGCUGCUCCUUCUGGCGGGGCAUCUACCGCUACUACUAUCUCACCCACGGACUGGCGCACUUGGCCAGCGUACAAUUCACGCUGCUCAGCAUCAUCAUGUGCAUCCUGGGCAUGGGCUUGGCCAUCGGUGUCGUCAUUGGCCUGAGCAUGCUGCUCUUCAUUCAGCUGAAGACGAUUGUCAACAACCAGACGGGCAUAGAGAUCUGGAUAGUGGAGAAGGCCAUUUACCGCCGAUAUAGGAAUGCCGACUGCGACGACGAGUUCCUAUAUCCCUAUGAUUUGGGCUGGCGCGCAAACUUGAGACUGGUAUUCAACGACGAAUGCCAAAAGCGAGGUGAUGGCAUCGAGUGGCCCGUGGUGGAGGGUUGUGAUCAGUAUACAUUGACGCGCGAGCAACUGGCUCAGAAGGAGGAGAAGCGAGCUCGAACCCGCACCUUCAGAUGCACAAGGCCAGUGACUGGCCGCUGGCUGCCGAUCUUCUCGCAGGGUUGGCGUGUUUGUGUGGCCGCUCCCUGCUCCGAUGAGCCGCGCAUCAGCCUGCGACCCAACGACAUGAUUAAGGUCACUCGCUUCCGCAACCACUGGCUGUUCGGCGAGCGAGUGCUUACCGAGCAAGAGCUAGCUGGCGUCAAGAAGCGCCAACGCAAGGGUCCCAUUCGCGGCUGGUUCCCACGACGCAGUGCCGUUGAGGUCAUUGAGGCGGUCCAUGAAGGCAGCGGCGAUGGCAACAGCGAGACACCAGCACCUCUGGCCCAGAAUGGCAACGCCCACAGCCACUUGAAGCAGCAGCAGCGAAAUGGGCAUGCCAAAAAGUACAUGUAGCCCGGAUCGGGCAGAGAUCAAUCGAUGGCAUUCUGUGCCACAUUCGGCUUGUAUAUAGAAUUAGAUUCCGCUUGGAGACUCGACUGUUUAACGCUUAGCCAGGCCGUCGUCUCGUUUACUCUGUUAACACUGUCGACCAAUAAAUAACGCGAAAGUUUGGUAUCAGUUGCUGAUGUGAAUCGAAAUUAAUCCAGUUGUGUAUCAGCAGAUAACGCUUAUCUUUUCCAGAUAGUCAAUGCAGCGUAAAUCUCAUGGCGACAAAGUAAAAUAUAAAUACAUAUGUAAAAUUAAAGUAUUGUUUUAAAGUUUCCCAUAGAAACUUGACAAACCUUUAGAUGUCAA